ACUGGCACUGAUUGGCAGCACUGAUUGGCAUUGAUAGGUGGCACUGACUGGCACUGAUGGGUGGCAUUGAAAGGCAGCUCAGAUGGGCACUGAUAUGUGGCAUUGAUGUGCACUGGUAUGCACUGAUAUGUGGCAUUGAUGUGGCACUGAUGGGCACUGGCACGUGGCACUGAUGAGCACUGACUGCUGGCACUGAUGGACACUGACAGGUGGCACUUCUGGGGCCACACUGAUCAUCAGUGCCCUGAUAAUCACUGUCAGCGUGACAGCUCGAGAGGAGAGAAUUGCCAAU